CAAACAGUAAAGCGGGGAGGAGCCUCAGCGGAUAGCGAGCCCAUUGCCUACAAGUUGUUUUUUUCAAAAGUUUGAGCAGAGGACCCCGCCCACAGGAAGCGGAAGCGAGAGAGCAGGUUGGCAGAGAGUCAGUCAGUGUCAGUGAGGAUGGUGUCCUGGAUCAUCUCCCGGGCUGUGGUGCUCGUCUUUGGCUUGCUGUAUCCUGCGUAUGCCUCGUACAAAGCUGUGAAGACAAAGAAUGUUCGGGAAUAUGUGCGCUGGAUGAUGUAUUGGAUCGUAUUUGCUCUCUUUAUGACAGUAGAAACAUUUACUGACAUUUUUAUUGCCUGGUUCCCCUUUUACUACGAGAUUAAGAUGGCCUUUGUGAUAUGGCUUUUGUCUCCGUACACAAGAGGAGCCAGCCUUCUGUAUCGGAAGUGUAUUCACCCUACUCUGUCCUUAAAGGAGAAGGAAAUAGAUUCUUACAUUAUACAGGCAAAAGAACGAAGUUACGAGUCCUUUGUCAACAUCGGACGCAAAGGUUUAAACAUAGCAGCCAGUGCAGCAGUGCAAGCAGCUACCAAGGGUCAGGGAGCAUUAGUGGGGAGGCUGCGGAGUUUCAGUAUGCAGGAUUUGCGCGCUCUUCCUGAUGACACACCUAUACACUACAGAGAUGCUCUGUAUCCUGAUGCGCCGGAACUGCACCGGAGGCCAAUUGGAUAUCCGACCACCUCUCAAGCUGAUAGUGACUCAAUGGAUGAACGGUGGUCAGAUUCUGAAAUGGUUGAAACAAGGACGGCAGCGAGGACAAGGGGAGGCAUGCCAUCGAAAUCUCUGCAGAGGAGCCAGAGCCUGCGGGUUUCCAAGAAGAAGGGGCUGAGUCGAGAGGUCUCUACGAAAACAGCCAAACCCAGAGCAAAGAAAAAGCCGGCACAAUCAGAAGCUGAAAUCUAACCUGGGGUUUCAUUGAGUGACUGAGGGAAUCUCGCUGUGACUCUUAUAUGGAGCAAAAACACUGAAUUUAUGGAUGUUCCCACCAAGCAUGACAUCUGAGGGGCAGGAUUCAUUGCACUCUGCCAUGGAAACAACAUGCUUGUGGAUGUGUGUGAGUGUGUAUAUAUGU